CUUAUCAUCACCUGUUUACACUCAACCAUUUUCAAGAAGUUUUAAAUUGCAUACAAAGUUAAAAGGGGUCUUUAUAUUAUAUUGGGUGUGGAUGAUCUUCUGAGAGACCAUUUGUAAGGGAGAUGAUUAUCGUUCUAAAAGAAAGUUUGUAAGCUGCCAUUUUAGUUAACACAUGUUCAUGGAUAUCCUUAGAAGCUCCCAUAUGUAAACCACAUUCUCUUUAAAGACCCAUUUUCACACAACUGGUAUCUUCACAACACCCACCCACAUGUAAGUUAGAGAAAGAAAGUUUGAGAGAAAUAGAGGAGCGUACCGGGUUUGAGUGUCCUCUGAUGGUCUCUAACGACCUUGACGGUGGUGGCGCGGGUUGUACGAAGCAUCAUCAGCUACAACUCCUGGACUCUCUUCCUCUCGUCAUCUUCUCAGGCAGACAAGCACAGCCGACCGGCGGAGCUAGCGACUGUACAGGGCGGCACCCAGGCGGAGCCGGUGAUGCUCCGGCGACGGUGGUGAUUUCAGGUCAAGAUCUUUUCUCCGUGGUUGACGUUCAGGUAGAGCUAAUGAUGGUGAUGACGGCAGCCGGCCAGCGUCAAAAACACAGGCGGCGACAACGGUGGCUGCAUGGACUCAGUUCAAGAGGCGGGUCCGAGUCACGAAUGCAAACUCGCUUCAGAUUCAGUUUCAGUUCAGAUUUGGUUCGGGUUUCGCGGCGCGGUCGGUUCGAGUCAACUCAAUCAAACGGGUCAGCUGAGUCAACCCGGUCGACUCGGUCAGCUGGUCAAACUCAGUCAAUCGGUCAAAGUCAGACAACAAGUCAAGCUCGGUCAAACCAGUCAACUGUGGUCAACUGGUCGACGCAAGACCCGGAAUACUAUAGAUGCAUGCUAGCUAAUUCACGUUCUUGGAAUGACAAUUCGGAAUCACGCUAAGCUAGCUUUGCACAGGAAUAUCAAGGUUGCAUUUUCAAAACUAUGGAACGGUUGGAACAGGAGAACCCAUGGGAAU